AGAUUCCACCCACUUAGACAAAUUACCCACGUACCUUGUCUCUUUCCCUCUCCCUCUCACACACAGACACAAAGAAGAGAGAAGUAAGAGGCGGCUUUUGAAUCUGACUACUCCGGAAUGGGUGAUAAUUAAUGAGAGUCAUCACGGAACGACGACAAAAAAAAAUUAUAUAUUUUUUUUGUUUCAACCCUAGCUAGUUGCAGCUCCUCUCACACUAAUAACUACGCUUUUUGGGUCCUAUCUGAUUAGAUCUAUGCUGGGUCCUCAAUCAUGAAUUUCUUCUCAGAUGGACGUGGCUUCAACGAUCAAGGCCCAUUUUCUCAUCCUGAUUUCUCCCAUCAGCAAAGAAGCACCACUAAUAGUAGUGAUAUGGCAGAUGAAGUGGGUGAAAGUAACACGAUUGAACGAGAACACAUGUUCGAUAAGGUAGUCACUCCCAGUGACGUCGGCAAGCUCAAUCGGUUAGUCAUCCCCAAACAGCACGCAGAAAAGUAUUUUCCUCUGGAUUCCUCUACCAACGAGAAAGGCCUCCUGCUCAAUUUCGAAGACACGAAUGGAAAGCCUUGGCGCUUCAGAUAUUCCUAUUGGAAUAGCAGUCAAAGCUAUGUAAUGACCAAAGGUUGGAGCCGCUUCGUCAAGGAGAAGAAGCUCGAUGCUGGGGAUAUUGUCUCAUUUCAGCGUGGAGUCGGUGAAUUGGGCAAGGAUCGUCUCUUCAUCGACUGGAGGCGCCGUCCAAACGCCCCCGAUCAUCUCCACUUCAUGACUAAUCAUCAUCUCCAUAAUAACUUGUACCGCUCUAAUAUUCAGUACCCAGCUGCUGCUUGGGAUCGUCCUCUCUUUUUGCAGCCUCCUGACCAAUCACAUUUACAAUAUUCCCUGGAACCUGCAACUGGCAGCAUGUCUCAUCAACAACAAUCUCACGGAUCCAGUCCUAAUUAUUACUACGACACUUGUAAUUUCAUCAACAGCCGUACAACUGUGGUAAAUGGAAACCCUUGUCCGAGCGGAUCAGUAGUUUAUCUCAGAUCGGGGUCAGCCCAAGUUCCACAGCAGGCUGGGUUAAUGCAAUUAAGAGGUCAUAGUAAUAGUAGUACUAGUGGCAGGGUUGUGGAGCCAGUGGUGUUCGACUCCGUACCGGUUGUUCAAGGCAAGGCAGCAGCAAAGCGAUUCAGGUUGUUCGGUGUGAAUAUGGACUGUCCCAUCUCAGACUCAUGUGAAAUCACGUCCUCAUCUUCUUCCUUGCCUAAUCCCGCCGCUACAACAACUUAUUCUCAUGUCCCCCAAUUUUCAUCAUUAUCAUUCAGGACUUCUAACGACUAUGAUACCAACCGGCCGGCAGCCACCGAAGAAGAAUCAUUUGACAAAGGUUCUUGUUCUUGUCGCUGCUUCACUGGGCACGCCCCCCAGGUACUGCGGUUGCUCCAGAUCUAGCUAGCUAGCUUUUAUAAAAGGGUUUGUUAUCUGAUCGAUUUUGAGCUUGGAUAUACAUACAAGAUUUUGCUGGUUUGAUAUUCCAAGUAAUUAAGCAUCUGUCUUAGUUCUCGUGAGGAUAUAUAAAUGAUGUCAAAAGGUACAAAGCACCUGACCUCUUCAAAUCAUUACAAGAAAAGAAUGAACAGUGUUCCAUUUCUACAAAUUGGAUCUCUGUUGAAAGCAUAACACAAAUUACAUAUUCAGAAAUGUGCAUACUUAAUCCGUAUUUCCAUUUAGGUAUAUUUGCAUGAAGAAUUGAACUUUUUUGGGCAUAUAUAUCUCUUUCUUCAAUUGUGUUUGGUUCUUUGAUCCAAUGUUAUUUUGAUAAAGGUUCCUUUCCUUGCUAGCAAACACCCAGUGCACUUUAACCCUGACCAGCGUACUGUACCGAAAUAGUUAUACUCUAUAAAUUUUUAGGCAUGGUCAUCCAAAUUGUCAUAGCUAUACGCUACCUUCAAAAAUGUAUAUAGUGAGCCCACCUUAAACAUAUCAUGUAAAUUCAACGAGAGAAGUAAUUAUAUAUAGAUGGCUCUAUUUAUGAAGGGGAGAGAGAGAAAAGAAUUUGAGGAGUAAGUCCAAAACAUUUUUCUUACACACAUGUACCUUUUCGGCUAGGUUUUUAAUGGAUUUAACUCCUCUCCAUUACUUAUCCUUUCUAUUUAAAAAUUAAAGGUGGAAAUUUAAAAAAAACAAAUAGAUCUCCAGCUUUAGUUUUUAAUUAUGACACAUGACUUCCAUCCAAGUGUAUAUUUGAGGGAAUAGAGAGAAUAAGUAAUCCGUUUUUGACGGGGCUAGCUAAAAGUUUCUAGUUUACUGGAAGGUCAUAUCAAUACGAUGAUAGAGAGAUUUUGAUCUCAAGUAAAAAAUUAGCCCUUUUUCUUUAGUAUCAUCAAGUAUAAAUUUAUAUCAUAUGUAAAUUUAUUUCCAAACUUAGUUCUAUCCUUCGUCUUCAAGAGGGAUUUGAUCAUCCUAUGAAAGUGACAAGCCAGAAAGAUGUUAGGUGUAGAGUGCUACUCUACUAAUUAACUCAUACCAUCAACUUUAAUUAAUUACAUAUAUACAUAGAUGUCUUGACUGCAUCAAAAGGCGGUUUCUCAUUUUAAGUGCAUUCAAAGAACACCAUAUAUGCCUAUUUCUUGUUAGACUAAUGAUGUACACCAUAACUUGUGUUUUGACAUUUGUCAUAAUUGCAUUGGCUAAAGAAAGCACAAAUGCCUUCAUUCUCUAACGGUCUCUCAUGUACUCCGGUUUUCAACUACGUCUGCAAUGUUCAAUCUAUUUUUUCUGGAUGUGCAAAAUUUGUUAAUUAUGGUCACAGUAAACAUUGUUGUUAAUUCAAAUCUCAUUUUCAUUUUUUUUUAAAGAAAAACAAGGUCUAAACUACAUAUAUUCUUUAAGUCAUUUCGUUGGUUGUACCAUUGUUGAUAAAUUUAUCUGACAAACAACUAUCGCAUGUAGUCGUAAAUAGAGAAUAAAAUAGGGGUUUGUGGAUGACUGAGAUAGCUCAUCGCUAUUUGUUAUCUUAAAAAAAAAAAAAGAGACUUGCCUAGAAAAUGACGUAUAAAGCCAUAUUUACCAAGCGUAACAAAAAACUUUAGAAAAUCGCAUAAAUACUGUAAAUAGGCCUCUUAAGGGGUCGUUUGGUACAAAAACUGAUAAUGAAGGGAUUAGUGACGCAGGGAUUAGUAAUGCAGUGAUUAGUAGUGCAUGAAUAAUUUUUUGUCAAGUGUUUGGUUCACUACUUUCCACUUAAUUUGUAUUUUAUUUAAAAAUCUAUAAAAUAUUUCUUUCCUAUUA